AUGGAGGUGGGUAGGUGGCUGAGCAUCCCGGGCCCCCUCCCUAGCCAGUCUGGCGGCACCAUUGGCAGAGCACCCAAAGAGUGCCCGACGGUGGCCCCCCUGGGCUCAGGGGCCAGCAGGGUGGGCCCCGCGGCAUGUGAGUCCUGCAGUACCAGCAGGAAGCCGCUCGCUUGGGUGAUCCUGGCAGCCCUGAGUCUGGCAGCGAGUGAAUUGCAGCCCCCAGGGUGCCGGGACCGCGCCGUGCCGCAGGGGCAGUGGGUCCUGGUGCGGCCGACCAGCCGCCUGCGGAGGCACGCCACCAGACCCCUGUGCCCUGCCAGGAUGAAAUGGAUCGAGGGGGCUCGCCAGUGCUGUACCCUGUGUCCUGCAGGGACAUUCCUGCGCAGCCCCUGCUCGAGCCUCGGCAACGACAGCGUCUGCACCCCCUGUCCUGCCGGCACCUUCAGCGCCCAGCCCAACACCUUCUCCGAGUGCCAGGCUUGCUACGAGUGCGACCGCCAAGCUUUCCAGAGCGUGUUGAGCAACUGCUCGGCCACCAGCAACAUUGCCUGCGGCUGCGAGCCCGGCCGCUUCCGCGACUGCCUUGACGAGCGCUGCAGCGAGUUCUCCUGCCGGCAGUGCCAGCCCUGCACCGGGCGGCUCAUCCAGCGGCCCUGCUCGGAGGCCCAGGACGCGCUCUGCGGCAGCUGCAAGCCUGACUUCUAUGCCGAGGGCGGCGAGUGUCGGCCAUGCAGCGCGAGCAUCCCGGAGACGUGCGGCAAGGAGUGCCAGCGGGUGUGUGGUGGCAGCGGCGGCCAAGGCUCGGGGCUGGAGUACCUCCUGCUGGCGCUCACCGGGCCCCUCUUCCUGGGUGCCCUCGCCAUCUACCACAGGAGGAAGCGGCUCCGGCACGACGCCCUGGCAGACAGCCCCCUCCCCACGCCGCAGGCGGCCGCUCCCACGGCCGGGGCUGCGGCAGCGCCGUGGUACCAGGCUAUGUGGCCGUCCGCGGCGGAAGGAGGGUGCCGAGGCGCGUCCCAGUCCGUGGUGGGACCUGCCAGCCUCCUCCCGCCGUGA